AUGCGCAAUUUUUCUCUAUUUAAUGUAUCGGAGAUUCGGUUUACGGCGGUGCCUUCCACUGAUUUAUUUCUAACAAAUAUGCUAAAAAAUGAUGAAAGAGAUUGUUGUGCCGGAAAUUGUACAUCCAUAUACAUUUUAGCACUGAUAAUUUCCUCAUGGAACAAUUUUAGAAUUCGCGAAGUCAUCAGAGACACCUGGGAAUUUAAUGGCAAUAUAUCCGUAGAGAAUAGAACCCAUUAUGUAAGGCACGUUUUUAUUGUUGGUCAGGCCCCUUACAACUCUUCUUUAUCUGAACAAGAAAAUAUUUCAUCACAAUUAAAGUUGGAAUCGGAAAUCGGGUUAUUCCAAGACAUUUUGAAGAUCAACAUCAUGGAUACUUAUGCUAAUUUAACUUACAAAACAAUGUCUGGCAUCACGUUCGCCCUAAUGCGUGGCAUUCAAAAUAAGAUUUUUCCCUUAUUUAAAUCGCCCUGCUUCAAAAAAUAUUUGCUAAAAAUUGAUGAUGAUACAUUGCCAAAUCUAGCUUCCUUGAUUGAAACCUUAUUAAAUUACCAUGAAAAUAUAAGUAUAAAUAACCUCUCCAUGUCUCAACAGGACUCGAUCACUUUCCCGGUAUUUAUAUGCGAUGUCACACAUCAUUGUUAUCCCAUGAGGGAUUAUAAACAUAAGAACUUUCUGUCCAUACUGAACUUCCCGAUUUUAUCUCGGUUCAGUUUACCUUUCAAGUUAUCAUUUACAUACCUUGGGAAAUAUGUGCAACAUGUCACGAUUCACCAAUUACAUAGCUAA